GUUACUGGUUAUAAAUUUGAGGAUGCCAACAAUUAUUGGCGAGUUAAACCUGCAAACAUUUUUAUGGAUCCUUCAAGACCAAAUGAUGAUUUUGUGAAGCAUGGAGAUUAUAUAUUACUUGAACACAUCAAUACACAGUCUCAUCUACUUACUCAUGACGUGGCUUCGCCUUUGAUGCCAACAAAUCAAGAAUUCACGACCAUGCCAGUAGAUGAUGAUUCCCGCUAUAAUGAGACCGUUUUUCAGGUUUUAAUAGAUGAUGGUGAAUCAGACACAGUAUGGAAAACAAAGUCUAGUUAUAUACGAUUGGUUCAUUUUGAUACAAAAGUGGCGUUGUGGACGCACGAUAAAGUAUUACCAGAGUGGGGCUUUAAACAGCAGGAAAUUAAUGGAAACAAGAAUAAUGUGGAACGAAGUAAUAUUUGGUUUGCGGAUCAAAUUAUUGGAAAGAAUG